AUGUUUGUAGAAUCUGUUGCAAAUCGAUUUCAGAAUUGCGUUUUCUUUUCUUCGAUUCUCUAAUUUAUCGAUCGAUUCGGCCUAAACCGAAGACCGAACCGAAGUUCCGGUCCACCGAAAUGGUUAGCAGUUUUGCAAAUGACCGAUCAGUUUUGAUUUUUUUAGAACCGAUUUUUUUAGAAACCGGGAGAACCGAACCCAUCGGUUUGGUUAAACCGAUUGCCCACCCUCGUGAGUCCUAUACUCCGCUUCAUGCAUGCAAUGGAUAGGACGCGGCUCUUUCUCACUUGAUUGAUUUUUUUAAAAAGAAACGUCAUGCACUAGAGCCAUUGGAUUAAGAUGUGGACGUCAUUCUCAGUUUUUCACUUCCCACACAAUGUUGUUGGAUUAAAAUCUAGCGGUCAACACAUCGACAUAUUUCUAACUAAAAAUUAGUCGAUUUUUCUAUAACAAAACCGUAAAAGAUAUUACAAUGCCAUCUAUACCACCCUGCAGUCCAAAAAAGUUAAACCCACCCUGGGGCGGACACGUACCACUUACACUUUCGUCCUGCCUUUGUGCAAAGUUAUUAACCUAGAAUUGCCAAUAAGUUUAUAUUUAAGCCAGCACACUAGCACAGAGAUACCAACGAGGAACUCACUGCAUGGAUUUGCAUAUUUUUAAGCGUAACUUUUUAUUUUAUUUUAUUUUAUUUCACGGGGAGAUCAGUGGUGUUUUCUUAGACGCAAGUUCUUCUUAGACGCUAGGAUAUUGAAACCACGCAGUAGUGUUUGAUACGUAAAACUGUUGUAUGAUUAUGAAGGCACGUGGUAGGAACUUUAUAAAAGUGAGAAUCAAAUUGACACUUUAGAUAGAUCGAUGGAAUUGAAUGACACCUUUUACUCCGGUUGUAUAUUUUAUUGGGGUUUCCAUACUUCCACAGCGAACACAGUAGCUAUGAAUGCUUUUUUAGGAGUAGUGGAUACUUUACUGAGGAAUUUUGACAUUCUACGUGAGAUCUGCAAGUAUAAGGUGCCAUGCCUUCGUGUCCAACCCUAAGGCCUGCCGUUGGUUGCCAGGUCUUUAGCUGUAGCUAGUUAGGCUGGGACUAGCUUGGGUCAUCAUGGCAUCUCUCAAGGAAAAAUUGAACUUGGAAGAACCACUUCUUGAGGAUCUAGCAGUACACAGAGGCGACAGGAUUGUUGACAUUGAAGGAACUCCAACUCCUGGAACGAAGCACCGUACUGGCAGUUGGAAAGCAUGCACUUUCAUCCUAGUUGCACUGCAGUGACUGAAUGCUUUGAGGAGCUAGCCUACUACGGGAUCCAGUUCAACCUGGUCACUUUCCUCAAGACGGUGCUGCAGGAGAGCAAUGUCUCCGCGGCAAGGAACUACACGAAUUGGCAGGGGACUUGCUACAUCGCACCCCUCGUCGGAGCUGUCGUGGCAGAUUCCUACCUGGGAAGAUACCUGACCACGCUGGCUUUCUUCGCAGUUUACCUAGCUGGGAUGGCUGCAAUGUCGAUUUCAGCAUCGUUCCCGGCGUGCACCGGGCUCGACUGCCGGCAGGAGGGCUCGUCAUCGUCCCAGUCCGCCGUGUUCUUCCUCGGCCUGUACAUGAUGGCCAUCGGAGCCGGCGGCAUCAAGCCCUGCGUCUCCUCCUUCGGCGCUGACCAGUUCGACGACAGCGUCCCGUCGGAGCGGCUGAAGAAGAGCUCCUUCUUCAACUGGUUCUUCUUCUCCAUCUACAUCGGCAGCUUCGCCUCCGGCACCGUCGUCGUGUGGAUGCAGGAUAACUUGGGGUGGGUCGUGGGCCUCUGGAUCCCGACCCUGUUCAUCGCGCUUGCCAUGGCGAGCUUCCUGCUGGGCUCCGGUUCGUACAGAGUGCAGAAGCCUCUGGGGAGCCCCCUGGUGAGAGUCUCCCAGGUCCUCGUCGCGGCUGUCCGGAAACGGAACGCGAGCCUGCCAAAGGACGCUUCUCUUCUCUACGAGCUGCCUGAGGGCGCGUCCAUGGCGGAUGGCACCAAGAAACUGCAGCACACACCCGUGCUCAGUGCCCUGGACAAGGCUGCGGUGAUCGCUUCGACGGAAGAGCUCUGUUCUUCCGAUCCAUGGAGGCUCUGCACCGUGACGCAAGUGGAGGAGCUCAAGGCCGUGAUCGGGAUGCUCCCGAUCUGGGCCACGGGGAUCGUGUACUUCGCCGUGCUGGCGCAGUUCUCCUCGACGUUCCUGGAGCAAGGGAGGAUGAUGAACACAACGGUCACCAUCCCCGGCAGAAGCUUCUCCAUCCCGCCGGCGUCGCUGGCCUCCUUCGACGCCGUGAGCGUCAUCCUCUUCGUUCCCGUCUACGAUAGGGUGCUCGUCCCGGCGGCGCGGCGGCUGACGGGCAACGACCGCGGGCUCUCGGAGCUCCAGCGGUUCGGGGCCGGCCUGUUCCUCUCCGUCCUGGUCAUGGCUGCAGCCGCCUUGGUCGAGACCUUCCGCCUGCAAACCAUGGCGGCCGCGGCCGCGGGCGACGAAGGCGAGAAGAAGAUGUGCAUCCUGUGGCAGGUGCCGCAGUACCUGCUGGUGGGGGCGAGCGUGGUGUUCGCGUGCGUGGGGCAGUCGGAGUUCUUCUACAACGAGGCGCCGGAGUCCAUGAGGAGCCUCUGCGCCGCGCUGGGGCUGCUCACCGUCUCGCUCGGGAGCUACCUCAGCUCGCUGCUCGUCACCGUGGUGUCCGCCGUCACGACGAAGGGCGGCCGGGAGCCAGGGUGGAUACCGGAUGAUCUUGAUGAGGGCCACCUGGACCGGUUCUUCUGGCUCGUCGCCGCGCUCAGCGGGCUUAACUUCGCGGUGUUCGUCUGCUGUGCCGUCAGAUACAAGUGCAAAUAAUGUUGUUGUUGCUUCUUCGUAGUAGAAAGGCUUGCUUCUGGAUUUUAAUUUGUACGUUUUCGUGGCUCGUAAAUGAUUGGGUUGUUUGUUGAUUACAGAAUUGAAUUGUUUCCCAUAAAAUUCAUGGCCAAAUUAAGCAACUAUUUUUAGGGA